UAUAUAUACUCAAAUCUGUCAUGCCCUAUCUUUUUGCUAAUUGUUGAUAAUCACAUUUUUCUUUAAGAAAAACCAUGAGUAGAGGUGAAAGUUAUGGUGGUGGGCAAAGCUCCUUGGGCUACUUGUUUGGCUCGAAAGAAGGGCAACCGGCAAAUAACCCUCCUCCAUCACCAUCUAAGGCAAUAAACCCGCCUUAUGGUACCGACAUAGAAGAAGAGAAUUCCUCUCCACAAAAGGUAGAUAACACCAACAAUAACUAUCAUAGAGCACAAGGCCCUAACUCAGGAAAUUUCAUUACUGAUCGUCCAUCAACCAAAGUGACAUCUGUGCCGGGAGGAAGUUCAUCACUCGGGUACUUGUUUGGAGAUAAGUAGUGAUGCCCUUGUGCUCCAAACUUCAUGUUACCCUAAGCUAUGUGAAAUAGAUCUAUAUAUAAUUGGGUUUUUUUUUUUUAAAUGGUGUGUGAUGUGCCUAAAAAAGGGUAUUUUUAGCUAUUAUGUUGUUCACUUAGCUUGUUUGUGUGCAAAGAGUUUGAUUGAUGUACUUAAAUAUAAUCUAUUCCGGUUGCAUCGUAUGUAUGUAUGAAUUCUACUAAUUUAAUUCUAGGGUUUUACUGUUUUUAAAAUGUAAAUUUUCCAAAAUUAAUCAAAGAAUUUCUCAUUUGUGUCAAA